AUGAAUGCAGCUCGUUAUGCAGGUGAGAACGCUGGCAAUAUUAUCGAAAUCGAGAACAUGCUGUCUUUCCUUCAAAGUUCCGGUAUCAUUGAUUUUGAUGCUCCUUUUGCCAAACAGUCCGAUCCACAAAGCUUUCACGACUAUCCCUCAAUAGACAAAACAAAGCCACAACUCUGGUCGCCAUUCCAGGCUUUUGACAUUGUUCUAGGCAGUACAAGCAGGCAAACAAAGUUGCACAUCAACAGCGCCCUCAACAUUUGUACACUUGCCAUAUCCUUGCUUCAUUAUAUUGGUCGCAUCAAAUGCCAGACUCAAUCUAAUACAGCGUUCUCUUCCGCUGAGCUGUUAUAUCCUAUUAAGUGUUCCGGAAGAAUGGUAUGUGCAUUGUCUAUUCACAUUUACAGUAUAUGCAUUUGUUUAGUAUUAAUUAUGCCUUCAUCGCAAUUUGUCGAUAAUAGUCGUAUUUCCAAAUCGCAAGAAUGUUGGUAUGUUGUUAAAGUCUUGACCUUUUUUAAUUUCAAGAUUGACGAUAGACCAGAAAGCUUUUACAUCCUUG